AUGGGUCAGUUAUGUAUAUCACAAGGAGCAACGAAAAAAAUGAAGAAUUCUACACUCAAAACACAUUUACCUAUUAACGAAAUAAUUGAUAAAAGAUUAAAAGAAUUUGUUUGUUUACAUCAUAUUGAUCUAUUAAGAAAAAUUAAUUAUCAAGUAAACAAACUCAAAGAUAAUAUCUAUGAAAAACAAUUAUCUUACUACUAUUUGACUACUGAACAGUUUGAAAUAAUCAAUCGUUUGACAACUAUUUGUAAGAAACAAUUGACACUCUUUGAAAAUUUAACAAUGUUUGAACAACGAAUUCUAUGUCACAAAUUACCGAAAUCAUUUGAUUACAUAAAAGUUGAUACUAAUCAAGAACAAUGUGUAAAUAAACGAAAUCAACAAGAUUUCAAUGUACUUCAAUUACAAAUUUUAAAUCCAACUUCUUAUGAUCACAAAUAUCAAGUAGACAUAUUAAUGCACUCUGUAUAUCAUUAUCAUUCAUUAUCGAAAAAGAAAAUAAUUGAUGUUUAUCCACAAAUAAUCGUCGAUGUUCCAAAAAUCUCAUUAAAUCGUAUUCUAUUAGAUUAUCGUUUAGCUGACGAUGCUCGAAAAGAUUUGAAAAUAUCAUUAAAAGAAGAAUUCAAGCGUGUCAAACUGUUUGAAGUUACAGGCGAUUACUGGAAAAUACACAAUUGA